GGAACCAGGUAAACGGUACAAUAAUGGAUCCAGCUGUGGCCGAGCUGAACUGGGCGAUCCAUGCCAAAGCCCACGCGCGGUCACGGCUGGCGUUCAAAGUGUUUGUCAAGAUCAUCGCCGACGACGACGGCACCCGCGACGACAUCGUGUACCAAGCCUACGUACACAAAUUCGAGCUCGAGAUGGAAUUCCUAACGUUUCCUGCCGCCCGCGCGACGGCGGUCCAGAUGCUGACGCGGUUCCAUGGCGCCCACGAGCCGUACUUGCUUAAGUCCCGCGCCGAAGCUAAGCUGUACAAGCUCGACGAUGCGUUUCUGUCUGCGUUUGUCGGGCUCGGGUUCUGUCCUAUCUACACGGCCCUUCUCAGGUACUGUACUAUACUACUACCUGACACGAAACUGGCGUCAUUUUGUACACGAUUUGCAGUGACUUGAACAUGACACGGCAAAAACUGUGCCGAUCGGUGUCGUUGUCCCGCCGAGUCAAGCACGACGUGCUCGAGCCACCGCCUCCGUACCCCACCGACGUCGUCGACGUCCCCGAUUGCUUUGUUCGAGUGCCUGGGCAACGCACUGUGCCCUCUCGAUUUGAGCUGUGCGAAGGGGUGUCCCCCGACCAGUUGCAGCGGGUGUUGGGCGUGGAGCCUGAAUCCACGCAGUUGCUUCUGGGGCGGAACCUCCAUCUACCCAAGACACUUACGCAGUCGGCGGCCCUUGCGCCCCGGUUGUCCAACUUAGCGACGUUGUGCAUGUCCACGGCGUUUCUACGGGGGUUCUACGAGCCCACGACUGCCGAUCACACGACGCUGUUUGAGCGCGACUGCGGUAUCAUCCUCAGUCGCGCCGUGCGAAAGCUCGAGUCGGUGCCCGUUGUCCCCGGCUCGGUAUUUGUGUUUGACGUGGACGACACGGCCGUGACCAGCUACUGGUACAUGAAGGAGCGCGGGUUCAAAGCGAUUCCAGCGACCGAGUUUUACUACUAUGCCCGAUACCACGCGCCCGUGAUCCCGUUGCUGUUCAAGUUUUACACGUACUUGCAAUGGAAACACAUCAAGGUCAUGUUUUUGACCGAACGACCCGAGGUCGUGCGUGACCAUACGCUAUCCAUGCUGCAUGCGGCAGGGUACACGGUGGACACGUCCGAACUGAUCAUGCGGUUGCCGCAUGAACAAAUGCUGUCUGUGGCAAAGCUCAAGCAGAACAUGCGCACUGCGCUGCACCGAGAACACCACAAGGUCAUCGGGUGCAUUGGAGAUCAAUUCUGUGACAUCACGGGCGAAUUCACGGGGUCGCCGUUCAAGAUCCCCAACUACAUGUACCAAGUCGAGUAACUACUUUCGUCGCACGUGUGAUGUCAGCGGCGUCAUCCUGUGGCGCUACGACAUGCUACACGCGACACUAAUUCCAAUCCGUACUUAAACAAUCACUAUUAUUUUCGAGGUUGCGGCGUUAUUUAUUAACGUGAACUCUUACAGAC